CAUCCUUGAAUCUUGACAGAGUCGAAAAUCAACGCCGGGUCGUCGCUCUUUGCACUCUCUUGUGUCGAGACUACGAGAACCCAGUCGAAGAUGUCUCCCAGCUCCAGCUUUGCGGGCAACAUGCUUCCACCCCUAGCCAUUGCUGCCUUAGCGCUAGGUCUUCUACCGGUCACGAUAGCCAUCUACAACUUGUUCUUCCAUCCCCUGGCCCGCAUCCCAGGUCCAAAGUUGGCAGCUGUCACAAGGCUCUGGUUCGCAUACCAUGCCAGGUUAGGCCGAUCUCGAGGCCUCACAAGAUGGUUGCACGCUACGUACGGGCCUGUGGUGAGAGUCACUCCAAACAUGGUCUGGUUUGUGUCUGCAGACGGAUUCAAGCAGGUGUACAGAGCGGGAUCGCCGUUUGGAAAGGCAGACUGGUACUAUGCCGUCGCUGCUGGCCAUGGCCCUGUCAGUUUGUUCCCGAUGAAACGAGAAGCACCAGAUACGCUCGACUUAGUGGCGGAGAUGUACAUGCCACGCUACCGCGCACAGCGCCGCCUGAUCGGACCGACAUACAGCCAGGCCAACCUUCAGAACCACGAGGUCGCCGUGGACGAGGUCGUCGAGCGAUUUGUUGCGAAGCUUCGCCAGCUCGAGGGCAAGGAGGUUGACCUUAUGGAAUGGAUGCACAUUCUGGCCAUCGAGUGCCUUACUGCUGUGACGUUCCGCUGGUCGCCAGGUCUGAUUGAGGCUGGCACCAACUACGACACGCUGUGGGACGGGUAUUUCCAGUUCUGGCGAUAUGCGUCCGUCGUCGGCUUGUUUCCGCGGAUCGUAUUGCUCUCGCACAAGCUAGGGCUCAAGUCGAAGCGAUUCUUGCAGCGACUUGUGGCAUUGGGAGUACCGAGUUGUCCACCACCAUCGAAGAAUAUUUGGAUGGGAAUUGUCGGGCAAAUGAUGUCCCAGUCAGUUGGCACGAGAGACGUCCAGAAGGAGCCCAUUGGCGGCCUGUCCGAUGACCUAGUCCGCUUGCACCAGGAGAAGCCUGAAUUCAAACAGGAAUACCUCAGCGGCAUGGUGUCCGCUACGCUAUUUGCUGGCGGCGACACCCUGACCGCAUCACUCAUGGCUGUCAUUGCACAGGCCAAUCACCUUCCGGAGGUCAAGGCUCGUGUUAUGCGAGAGAUCGAGACCAGCGACAUCAAGGGUACAGCCUCAUUCCAGACUGUGAAUAGCCUCGAGUACACCACCGCCACGAUUAAAGAGUCCAUGCGCCACUGGCCUGUUGUCGGGCUCGCCAUGUAUCGGGAGGUCCCUGCUCGGGGGCUUACCUUGGAAGGGUACAAUAUUCCUCCUGGCACGACGGUCGGCACAAGCCCGCUGGCUAUGCACCUCAGCAAAGAGAUCUUUGGCGAAGAUGCCGAGGAGUUCAAGCCUGAACGCUGGUUGGACGAGGAAUAUCGUCUCGCAUUGGAGAAGUACAAUUUCGCGUUUGGUAGCCCAAAUCGGUCUUGUCCAGGGAGGAAUAUUUCAGAGCAGGCCAUCUUUAAGGCCUUCCCGACGCUCAUGAAGCAUUUCGAUAUCGAGAUUGUCAAGAUGCCGCAUGAGGAUGACAUGUUGACGUAUGGCACCGCUAUAAUGAAUGGGGUCAAAGUCAAAUUCCAUCCCAGGGCUUGAUCGAAGCUCAUAGUUAUCUGGAAUUCCAGGCGCUCAAUUCCAUUGCACGUCCUCUGGUUGAGCACUUUCUAGGACUCUGCGUUCACACUCCGGCGGGUUGUUGCCGUAUGAUUAUAGCACAGAUUACAAGAAAAUGUAUUCAGGUACUCGUG